AUGGUACCAAAUACUCUAGCAUUUUGGUCAUAUCUUAUUUUUCUUAUUCCAUCUAUAAUUUGUUCAUUAUUUGUUCUUUAUCAUCUUCUUUUUGAUCGAGUAUUACGUCAUGCUCUCCAUAAUCAUGUUAUUAUUGUCGUUCUUUUCAUUGUUGUUAUUUACGAAAUAACAGUUUAUCCAUGGAUGUUAUAUUAUUAUCAAUAUCAAAAUAUAUCAGGAAUACCCAACAUAUUUUGUACAAUUCGAACAUUUCUUGAUUGGAAUCUUUGUAUUACACAAACAAUUCUUAUUUCUUGGGCAGCAAUUGAACGACAUAUUUUAAUCUUUCAUGAUAAAUGGGUAUCUACAAAAAAGAAACGUUUUUUUAUUCAUUAUCUUCCACUUAUUGUACUCGUUCUCUACUGUUUCAUCUUCUAUAUUAUUGUUUAUUUUUUUCCACCAUGUGAAAAUUUAUUUGAUCAUUCUUCUCUAACAUGUGUUUAUUCUUGUUUAUAUGAUAUAUAUGCAUUUGCUAUAUGGCAAACGGUUGCUCAUCAAAUUUUACCAGUUUUAAUAAUUAUUGUAUUUAGUACUGCUUUACUUCUACGUGUUAUUUGGCAAAAAUUUCGAAUACAUCAAUCAAUUCAAUGGCGAAAAUAUCGAAAAAUGACAAUUCAAUUAUUAUCAGUUUCAUUACUUUAUCUUAUAUUUUAUUUACCAUUAUCUGUAGCCCAUACUAUUCUUCUAUGGAAUUUAAUGGAUGAUAUCUACUUUGAAUUUCAAGACUAUGCAAUAUAUUUCAGCUAUUUUGUAAUACCUUUAUUUCCUUUUGUUUGUAUUUUAUCAUUACCUGAACUUCGAACAAAACUCAUUCAUACAUUACAUUUACAACGAAGACGUAUUGUACCUGAAAUAAUACUUAUAAAAGCUCCUGUAUACAAACAUAUGAAUAUUUAA